AUGACUACUCAUUUUUUCAAUGUUAAAGCAUCAGAAAAUGGUACUAAAUUUCACUUAGAAAUUGAAGAAGGAUUAAUGUAUGUUCUUACUACAAUUUCUGUUCUUAAUGGAGAGUGUAUUGUAUCUUUUGAAAUUGAAGAUGAUGAGAGUGAUGAUAAUAAAAUGAAAGAAAUUUAUAUUGCUCGACUUUGCAAAACAAUUCCUACAGAAUUACUUCAUCUUGAAUUUGACUUACAAUAUGUAGAUUUUAUAGUACGAGGAACUGGUGAAGUAUAUUUUAAUGGUUAUAAUAUAAUUGAUCCAAGAUUUAGAGACUAUAAAGAUGAAGAUAUUGAAGAAGGUGGAUUUGAAAUGAAUAUAAAAUAA